AACCUGUAAUAAAAGAACAAGCAAUUCUUCAGAGGCCUUUUCUCCUUCCCUUAUAAGCACGAAGUCGAAACAAGUGGUCAGGCUCAGGCUUCAGAGCUUCAACCUUUUCUUCCAGGGCCGCCAUUAGCGUCGUAUCUCUAAGCUUCAUCGAUUCUUCAUUCGUGGUGCUAUAUUCAUUCACGAGCUGUAAGCAAUUAGCAAAGCAUCAACCAUAAAAUCCCCAAAUGGCGGUUGAGCUUCAGUAACAACACAACGCGAGAGGAAGGUGGACAAGGAAAGAGCGACGAUUAAGGGUUUUGGAAAGACCGGAAAAAUGGAGAAUCAGGAAGCUAGUCGGUCGAAUACGGAGCAGAAAUCGACCACGAAAUCGAUUCCUCCAUACAUGAAGGCGAUCUCCGGUUCUCUCGGAGGGGUAAUGGAGGCCUGUUGUCUACAGCCGAUUGAUGUUAUCAAGACUAGGUUGCAGCUAGAUCGGAGUGGGGCGUACAAGGGGAUUGUUCACUGUGGAGCUACGGUCACGCGAACGGAAGGAGUUCGAGCUCUUUGGAAGGGAUUGACUCCGUUCGCUACGCAUCUGACCUUGAAAUAUGCGCUUCGCAUGGGGUCCAAUGCGGUGCUUCAGACCGCGUUUAAGGAUUCUGAGACUGGAAAACUCAGCAAUCAUGCUCGUCUGAUUUCUGGAUUCGGUGCCGGGGUUUUGGAGGCUCUCGUCAUUGUUACUCCAUUUGAGGUGGUGAAAAUUAGAUUGCAGCAGCAGAAAGGACUGAGUCCUGAGCUCCUCAAGUAUAAGGGUCCAGUGCACUGUGCUCGAAUGAUUAUUCGAGAAGAAGGCUUCCUAGGUCUUUGGGCAGGUGCUGCCCCAACUGUUAUGCGCAAUGGUACAAACCAGGCUGCCAUGUUUACUGCCAAGAAUGCUUUUGAUAUUGUUCUUUGGAACAGACACGAAGGGGAUGGAAAAGUCCUCCAGCCAUGGCAGUCGAUGGUAUCGGGAUUCCUAGCAGGCACGGCAGGCCCUUUAUGCACUGGUCCUUUUGAUGUUGUGAAAACUAGGCUAAUGGCCCAGAGCCAAGGCACGGGUGAACUCAAGUACAAAGGUAUGUUCCAUGCUAUCAGAACCAUAUACGCAGAGGAGGGAGUUCUUGCUCUAUGGAAAGGGCUGCUGCCCCGACUCAUGAGGAUUCCACCAGGGCAGGCCAUUGUGUGGGCUGUGGCCGAUCAAAUUAUUGGCUUGUAUGAGAGGAGACAUAUUCAUGAUGCUCCCAUAUAGAUACUGGGCACAUUUUUGGCACUGGUUUACUAUAAAGUCCACUGCAGGCACAACCUUACUCAAAUAAGAUCUGUUCUAUAGAUUUUAUUACUGUGUCCUUGCGUUCUAAAGUCCUGUGGACGGUCUUUAGCGUCUCUUAUUGCAUUCCUCCAUUUUCCUGUGUCUGUUUCAGCCACCAUCUGAAUAACCAUGAAGAUUUGGCUCCUCAUGUCUUCAAAUAGAUGAAGUUAGAUAUGGGAAAGUAUUUUAGACUGAUAGUCCCUUCGAAAUUUUAGUGUUGUUUACUUUGAAAUUUAGUGUCUGAGCAGUGCUUAUUCUUUAAUUACAAUUCUUGGAUUCCUUGGGACUAUCAAGACUUCUUGUUGGUAGAUGUUGUUUUGUACUCAAUAACAUAAUUCCUUGUAGGCCUUGUAUCAGGUAAACAUUCUUAUCAAAAGGUAUUGGAUUUUAAGAAAAUGAACAAUGAUUGAAUUGGUUGAAAGA